CCGCGGGUCACACUGUUAAAUGUCCUGCAAUACUAAAGCAGCUAGCAGUAACAGAACGCUGUAUGUCUCCGUUUGGGUGGAGUAUUGUAACUCGUCAAGACGAACAUAUGAGUGUUACAAGCGACAGACAAACAUUGCAAUACGCACUGUCAUGUUUGGAUAACAAGCAAAUAAGCUCGUUUCAAUUCCGAAGGACAAUCUAAUCGUCGUGGCAGACAUCGUCUUAUGGCGGGUCUGUCUUAUUUAGUGUUCCGUUUUUCGGGCUCCGCUGGUCGGACUUAUGGGGUGUUUUCAAAAGGAUUGACGAGGACUUUGUUGAUUUUUUUUGAUCUCGCCUGGCGACUGAGAAUCAGAUUUCCAUACCUCUACCUGAUCGCUUCGAUGAUGUUUAAUGUGCGAUUACAGGUUCAUAUUGAGAUUCACUGAGUCGGAACUUUCUGAAGUGGCCUAGGUGCUGCUUGACUACACAUUCAAAUCAGCCAUGUGGAAGAGGGUACCAGUAUGGGAAUCGAGCAUGAAAUUGUGCAGUAUGUCUCGACAUUUGUCUCUGCCACCCGUUGUAAUAGACACCCGGUGCCUUUGCUUCGGAAAAACACUGAUGAUUUCAUGAACAUUGGUUGCUGGGAUGCGCCAAGGUCUGUGUGGUUGUAUUGGGGUACAUCUCAUACAGACUCUCAUAGGCAGAUAUUCUUGAGCCACCCAUCCGGUAAGAGGAGAUUUGUGACCAGUGUAAUUUGACACUACCUGUUUGUUACAGACCAAAGGAGGGAAGAGAAACAUGAAUGAUGACAACAAUGGAAUCAAUGUUUUUGGAACCUUUCUGUUACUUCUUGGAGUUCUGUUUGACGUGUGUCUUCAUGGGUGCCCUGACUUGUCAUCCUCGAAGGCAUAACUAGAACUGUGCAAUUUAGUUUCUCAUUGAAAUUAUCAACUAGCUUGUAUUUCCACAGCAUGACAUGAAUCAGUGCAUGUUUUCUUUUCUCAGUGGUUUUGGCACUUUUUGAGCAGUUUGGGAAAUGUCUGCAUUUGAGAGGGGUAGAACAGUGAAGUUGGAAAGUAGAAGUGGGGAGAUCCUUAUAGGUCAGAAAGGUUACUGUUAAAUAUUCAGCUUUCACUGUGAGACUGUUCUGCUUAUAUUAAUAGAAACAGCAGUUGGCUUAUGUAAUGUCCUCACAAUGAUUUGGUAUAGGAUUUUGCAGUGUAUAUGUAAGCAAAGCAAAGCCUAUCCCUCUCUCAACAUCUUAUAACAUACGUUAGAUGAAGGAUUCGGGAAAGAUAUGACAGCUGCAUGAUACACACGUCACAAACUUACCAGUAAAAGAGCUAACAAGGCACUUGGAAGUGUUUGGUCAAAUAAAUGGUUGAUUUCGUCUUUGGUCUACACUAAUUCAGUCUUACUCCUUGGUAAUACCUUUUGGUGUUGUUUUUUUUUAAAUUUUAUUAAUGUAGUCACUGUUUUAAAGUGUAAUGAAUGUAAAAUGGUUGUACCCCUUUGAAAACAAUAAAUUAUUAAACAACCA